AACACAUCGCACAAGGCAACAACAAGAUACGCUUUAAACACUACCGAAGCCCUCAUUUCGCACUCAAUCUUCUCGUUACUCCUACACCACGCUUCCACCAACUCUCCCACAAUGCCACCUAUUACCAUCCACAGAGAUGCUCCUAUAGCUCCCGUCGUCGCCGCGAAAGCCGAUGGCGUGACACCGCAGACGGCCACAGAUAACCAAGCGCCAACCCGAACAACACCCGCCUACGCCCCCGCAACAACAACAGCGUCUUCCUCAGACCCUCCUGCACCCCAGCCAGGCGCGCGUCCACUUCCACCUACCGCCACUGCACAAGCAACGUCUCCACCGGCUCCCCAGCCAAGCUACACUGCACAUCACAUCACGACCGAGACGCGACAAACCGGCCCACCGCCGCAGUUCACACAGCCUCCGCCGACGGAUUCGCAGCUAUCAGGGCGAUCGACCGUGACAAGCACGACGGCGAGCAAGCCUGGACCCACGACGUUGAACUUAGGGCCUGUGGCGUCGCCGUUUCAGAGUGCUGAUACGGGUGGGCCUGCGCCAACGAGGACGAGUCUGGAGCAUCCGUCGGGUUAUACGCAAGCGCCCGACAAUGCACCAUUCACAAGUGGAGGGGGGAUUGGGGAACAGGCACACCAAAGUGAGAACAGCACUGCGGAAGGUGGGGUAGGUGCGACGGCCUGGAACAUGUUGGCCAAGGCGGGAGAGGCCCUGAAAAAGGGGGAGGAAGCUGCCUGGAAAGCUGUCAGGAACAAGUGAUGGCCGACUCCGUUAGAUUACCCGACCAGGACGGGUUAUUGUUGCAAAAUGGAUAUAUAUAGAUAGCCAAUGAACAUCACAGACAUUACAUGUAGAGCAUAAAACAAUGUUGUGAAGGAACUGCAAAGGCAUUCUUGACCACUAUAUUUCCCAGGCACCAAGCAAUGUAACAAGACGAUACAGCUAGGAAAGGCUAAAUUGACAAAGCAGUGCAAGCCGGAUAUGUUGUGUAGUACACGUCGCUGAAAAAGAAGAAAAGUCGCUGGCAGAGUAAAGUACAGGGUGUAUUACCA